CACUUUUCAAAGUCUAUUCCAAUGUGUUCAUCCAAAGAAAAAGUCCAUUACAAUGUUAAUGCUUUCCGCUAGUGCUUUUUUUUUCCUUUUUGACUAGCUAAGACCUCCUUUCCCAAUAACUGUAUCAGUAUGCACUAUGCACAUUACUAAAAUGAAUUCCGCCCCGAUUCAAUUUUGAAAUUAACACACACUUAACAAAGGAACUAGUACCAUAGGGCCAUAGCAGCAUGAGCAAUGCUUGAAUCAAACUAAGCCAGGAAAGACCGAAGACCAAGGAAAGCAGAAACAGCCAAUGCUCCAAUCAUCUUUCCCAGAUGGAGUGGCAUUCACUUAGCAUGCAUGUAAAGUAACAAGCUCAGAUAAGCAGUGUGGCAACAGCAGUUUUUCAUCAAUCAAACAACCCAAAAAAGAAGAAAAAAAAGAAAGAAAGAGAGACAAUCGCAUAUCAACUAGUUUCGGUCCCAUCAUCAAUGCAUGGUCAAGAGGAAUGACAUGGAUAAAGUAUGCAAAACACCAAUCUACCUUUAUAUUUCAAAAGCUAUUUUCAGAUGCUAGCUACAUGCAAAACUGAAUCCCUUGAUCAGUUAGGUCUCCAGAAGAUUUAUACCAAUUUCCCAACUAUGAAAGCAAUAAUGAAUGCUGUUUGGGGAAAUGGCAUUCAUAAUACCAGACUAUCUGAAAAUUAGAUCAUUUCCCAACCAUGGAAGUAAUAAUGAACACUGUAAGGGGAAAUGACAUUCAUAAUACCAGAACACUAUCCGAAAAUCAGACCAUGUAAAUCAAACUAGAAUAAAUCUAAACAUCCACA